UGGGGAGAACAGUGCCUCAUCGUUGGUGUCAGUGGGGGAGGAAUAGUGCCUCAUCGUUGGUGUCAGUUGGGAGAACAGUGUCUCAUCGUUGGUGUCAGUGGGGGAGAGGAGCGGCUGCUCCUUCUUCCAGUGCGGCUGCUUGAUUUUCGCGGGGCUGCUCGGCUCUGCCUCCUCUCCGGUAAUUGGUCACCUGUGUGCCUUUCCAGUGCUGGCGCCCAAUCACCGGUGAGGAGGCGAAGCCGAGCGGCCGAACUGAAAGAAGGAGCAGCCGCCGCUUCCUGGACCGGAUCGUCGUGGGCCAGGCCCGCCUCCUCGCCGGUGAUUGGCCGCCUGUGUGCCUUUCCUGAGCUACAGUUCUGGCGGCCAAUCACCGGUGAGAAGGCGGAGCCGAGCAGC